CCCACGACACGCUCUCUAAGAUCCGUAAGGUGUGCCGACCAUGCUGGCGAGGUCCUGCCUGCGCUCGACGCGCGCAUUUGCCGGCCUGAGAAAUGGCGCCGUGCAGAUCUCAAAGCGCGCCGCGUCUUCCUCGAGCUCCGGGUCCACCGCCGAAUUGCCGCUCCGGUUGAACAUCGCUGCCGCCGCCUCUACUGCCCUCGCCGCCGGCUCAAUUGCCUGGUACUACCAUCUCUACGGACCUACCGCCGACGCCGCAACGCCAGCCGAGGAAGGGCUGCACCCCACUCACUACCCCUGGGUUCACCAGCAGUGGUUCAAGACCUUUGACCACCAGGCUCUCCGGAGAGGCUUCCAGGUCUACCGGGAGGUCUGCUCCUCUUGCCACUCGCUCAGCAGAGUGCCGUACCGCGCCCUCGUCGGCAGCAUCCUGACGGUGGACGAGGCCAAGGCGCUGGCCGAGGAGAACGAGUACGACAGCGAGCCCAACGAGCAGGGCGAGAUCGAGAAGCGUCCCGGCAAGCUGUCCGACUACCUCCCGGCCCCCUACAAGAACGAUGAGGCGGCCCGCUUCGCCAACAACGGUGCCCUCCCUCCCGACCUCAGCUUGAUGGUCAAGGCCCGUCACGGCGGCUGCGACUACAUCUUCAGCCUCCUGACCGGUUACCCUGAUGAGCCCCCUGCCGGUGCCCAGGUCGGCGCCGGCCUGAAUUUCAACCCGUACUUCCCCGGUACUGGUAUCGCCAUGGCCCGUGUCCUCUACGAUGGCCUGGUCGAGUACGAGGAUGGCACUCCCGCUUCGACCUCGCAGAUGGCCAAGGACGUCACCGAGUUCCUCAACUGGGCCGCCGAGCCCGAGAUGGACGACCGGAAGCGCAUGGGCAUGAAGGUUUUGGUUGUUACAUCGGUUCUGUUCGCCGUGAGCGUCUGGGUCAAGCGGUACAAGUGGGCAUGGCUCAAGUCGAGACAAGUCAAAUAUGACCCGCCCAAGGACACCAGCGCCCCCCGUCGUUACUAAAAUGACAGGACAAGCUAGAACAACAACACAAGCUUGACCUUUCUUUGUAUGUACCAUAUACUGCGAGGCUCCACCACAUUUCUCUAUGUGACGUAGACGAAAAGGAAGGUUCGGGAAGCUUUUCGAGCGACGGGAG